AUGGGUGAACGUAAGUCUGAUGGUCAAUGUGAGUCUAAGAGCUGUCGAAUCCAUUAUACCCGAGAAGAAAUCCUGGCAGUUAAAGAAAAUGCAGUUUCUACUGCUGAAUUUUCGGACGAAUUAUCUCGGAUAAAUGCUUCUGUUAUGCGUUCAACUCGCGGAAGGCCUAGACCCAAUUCUUUUUCUAAAACUCAGGGAGGUGAGAAGACUCGAGAUGCUUCCAACAUAGUCCUCGGUCCUCAAAAACGUUCGUGGAACACUGGUUGUCAUGUCUCUCAACAGCCUCAAGGUCGUGAAACGUCAGAUGCAAACAAUUCUACUCGUUGGCCUAAAUUUAACUCAGAAAACCGAUCCUACGACAAGCAGCAUUGUAAAACGACUAGUGACUACAAAAGAGAGUAUCGGUCCAACGAUAUUCGUGGCUCCGGUCGAGGUCGUGAUCGCGGGCUGGGAAAACAUGCUGAAAGUGCUCCGUUUGUUAAAAACCACAGCAGAGAAGACCGUUACAGUCAUGACCGUCGAAUUUCUUGUUCACACAGCGAUGAUGAACCUGAGUGGUUUGCAGAAGGUCCUACCACGGUUAACGAAACGAUUGAACUUGGAGGAAUUUUAGAAGAAACCGUGGAAUGUGGCUCACGCAGAAAGCGCGUAGGAGUGGAAAAUGAUAUUUCGCAAGUUGAUGAUAGUAUAUUGACAAAUUCGAGCAUUAGUAAUAGAAACGUCUUUGAUGACAAAGCCUUGGAAGACGACAGCAAUGCAUUCCCUGAACAACCAAGCAAAUCCACAACGAGUGUCACGGAUCAGGUGAUGUCCGAUAAUCAAGGAAGCCGUUUCAAACACCUGUUUCAAAAGAAUGAGAUAUCAGAUGAAAAUAAGCUUCCGAACAAACCAGCUUCUUUAGACAAUAUCAACGAACAGUUACUUAGGUUGCUGAAAGGUCCGUGCGGAAAUUCUGCCAGUCAUCUCAGUCCUGAAAAGAACAGUGGUAUGGUAUCUACAAAUCCUAAUUCUUUUUCAACUCUUCAAGUUGAAAAUAAGCUUCGCUCUAUUCUACUUGGACAUGGCCCUGUUAAUCCCCCGAAUGUUGGGCCGGUCAAAGAAUCAAAACCAGCAGUACUAACUGUUGAAGAAAUUGAAGCUCAGCUUAAAUUACCUCAAGGAGAUUCAACUGAUAUAAACGAAUCAAUCGAUCCAAUCGUUGAUCCUCUUACUCAUUAUUCGGAUCCUUUCAUAGAUGAUCAAGCCAUUAAAUCUCGUGGCAUACCUAUUGGCUCAUCAAAAAACUGUGGCUUGUUUUCUCAGUCAGGAAUGACUUCAAAUCUGGUGCCUAUUUUGCAAUCACUGAUGAUCAGAAAACAGCAAAACUCCGUCUACUCUCAGUCUACAAAUCCGCUAAAUUCACACUCACAUUUUGGACUGGUCUCAAAUUUUAUGGGAGAUGCCACGUCUGCAGGUCCAUGUAUUAGUCGAUUGCAAAACCCAGGUGUCCCCCUUGACGUACCUUGUGAUGUCGAUCUACCUUCGCAUGGUCCCCUUCGUCAAAUUUGGAAUGGCACAAGGGAUGUUGUUUCUCACACAAGCCCACAACUGCACCCCUUAGGUUUGUAUCCUGAUGCAUCUAGAUUUCAAACUAUUAAAACUCCGGACUCAGGAUUACCUGGAAGACCUAUAGUUAAGGCUCAACAAAAUAUUUUCGCUGAUUACAACUCAAAUAAACAGGCACCAAACUCUACUUUAAAUAAUAACCAAAGCCAUUUGUCUGUCAAUCUAUCAGUUCACCAAGACUCUAGCCAUCGUCUGCUUGAUAUGAAUGUGAAGCAGUUCUACCUUGGCAGUACUGAGCCCUCAAAUCCAAAUAAUUCUCAUGGUUCUUUACCGUGUUCAAAACAAAACUAUGGAAAUUUAUUGCCGUUCCAAAGCUCAAGCCCAUCACUAGCGUCAUCUAUUAAUUGGAAUAAGAAUUCCUCUGCUCAACACCAAACUAAGGUUAAUGAAUCUCUAACUAGUAAUGGAAGUUUGACUUUGUUAUCACAACUAGUUGAGUGGGAAAAAUCAAAACAACCACUUAGAUCUAAUCCAUCCUUUAAUCCAACGAAGGCGAAAACGCUAGAAGAAAUAGAACAAGCAGAGUCUUCAAGAACUAAUAUAUUCUUUUGA